UAGCUCCAAUGGCCAAAGCCCACCGUGGACCCACAAAUUUUAAAAGAGGUCCGCCGCACCAUCCAAACACAGAAUACAAUGCAUACAGUAGGGUGUUGGUAACGUCUGCAAGAUGAAAUGCAGAAGGGUGACCGCCUCCGGCACCUAAACCAGUAACUGCGAGAUAUAUACCAGGGCAACAAAAAAGAAUGCAAGAAGCAAUAAAAUUUUGAAAUUGGCCAGUUAGAAUGAAGCCGCAGUUUGCAUUCUUGAGUGAACGCCGCAAAUUCAUGUUCGUUCAAUUCAACACACAAAAAGUUAUGGAAUAAAAGGGAAAAUUUGAAUAAAACCAAGAAAAAAUAAUAAAUUCAAAUGAUAGGGACGUGCGGUCAAUCUACAAUUCUUACAACGAAGUUCCUGGGUUUCAAAGACGAGGCACUUUUUUGACUUUCUUUGUUGGGCUAUAGAAGAUAACAUACUAGAACAAACAGGAAGAUACCAUUUAUAAGUGUAUUCGUACAAUCUUCUAAAGCUCUUAUCAAUCACUUCAUUACCAAGUUUCACAAGGUUCUUUGGUGAUUCUUGGCCGGUCUGUGAUAGUUCUCAAUAUCAUCCAUUAAAAGCGAAUUACUACAUCGUUUCCCGAAAUGUUAUUAUGAGGUUUUUGAUAUAGGUCCAAUUAUCUCUAAGUAUACGUAUCUUGCCUUUAUUAUUUCAUGCCCAUGGUGGAGCAGGUUUGCUAAUUCUAUCAUCUGGCUGAACAGAAUGAACUUGAAAAAGGAAAACUCAAAAGGAAGAGAGAAAAUAAUAUUAAUGGAAUAAUAGAUCGCCAUUUAUUGAUGAGAGUCCUUCGAAACAAGGAUUUGCAUUUCUUUUUCGAACCUUCCCUAUCAAAAUAGUUCGGAUUACUUGUGAUGCAAGGUAAUGCUCAAGAAACGUCUUGGUAAAGGAAGGUAUGGAAAGGUACUCAAUAACUGUAUUCUUUAUAUCAUGGAAACAGCGAUGUUAACCGCAAUUUCAUUCCUUGAACGUCUUUACAGGAAAAAACAUUUGGGUGCGUUGUCGUUGAUAUUCCAUCGUCUGAAGAGACCUGUCAAACAAAUAAACUAUUUCCACUAUAUCGAAAAAGGACUGAUUCUAUUUGAAAUUCACCGUUAAGGAAUGAACAAGUCUGUUCCUCUCUCCCAACCAGAUAGGAACAUAUAACUUUAGACGAAUAGAUGUUGUAAGGACAUAAAGUGAACUCAUCUGAAGAAAACCUUUUUCAAAUGGAACCAUUCAGAAAAACUCAUUUUUGCUCAUGCUUGGCUUCGGUUUAGGUACUUGAAGUUUCAAUUCAGAGGAAUUCUUGUUUAUCUAUGCGAUCAUAUUCAACCAUGAGCUAUAUUCUUUAGGAUGGUAUUUUUGUUAUUAACUAUUAACUCUUGUAUAUACUUGGUAAAUUGAAGAAGGAACGAACAAACACGGUCCACUUUAUAAUAAUUUUUGAAUUUGCAAUCAGGGUAGAGAGAGUCAUUGAGAGGCAGUUGGACUUUAACACUUCAGUUUCAAUUAUUCGAAGAUUUUGACUUGGCUACAUUGUGAAAAUGGUUCAAUAAAGCUGGAAUCCAUAGUUACUAUUCCUUGGGUUGAGGAUACGAAGGAAAAAUAGUGUCACUUAUUAUUCCUUUCUCCAGGAUUGGUUGAAUUUUGUCUUUCGAAUACUGUUUAAAUUGAUUACAUUAUCUGGUCGUUUCAAUAUCACAUUCUAGAAGACACUUCUCUUAUGGCGACGAAAUGCAUUUUAAGAAUAUAUUUGGAACCAAAACGGCGCUCAGCACAGUUCAGUUUAUUAGGAACUUAUUUCAUGAAUAAAGGUAAAUAAGCGUAAAGAAAUGCUGAGAAACAUUCCCAUCUUAAAUACUAUAAUCAUUUUCCCAAAGAGAAGCAUUUUUCGUUUCUGUUCCACUGUGUACUCCCGGAAUUGGAUAAAUGGAUGCCCUUAUAUUUAAAUAUGAGCUUUGGACUUUACUUUUCAAAUUGUAUUUCAUCAUUCAGUUCAGUUGACUAUAUAUCGUUCAGCUAGAAUGGACAAGAAAAGUCAAUACUCUUAUAAUUGACAAGAAAGAUGGUAUGCUUUGCUUCUAGAGUCAUGACUUGGGUUAUUUGUCAAUUAUACUUGCUUCUAAUGUGUCGAUGCUGGUCGUCUUCAUAGAUUCUGAAUCUUUUAAAAGAAAACAGGAACAUAUAAAGCUAAAGAAGAAAUAUUUACUGCUUUUUUUUCGUAUAUUCUUUGUAAACGAAAGAUGUUAAUUAACAUACCUGGCUCAUCUUACCUAGCCCAAGAUUUUAUCGUCCAAGAGAAACGAAGAUUUAUUUAAAUGGAAAUAACAAAAGCAAUAAGAGUAUUUUAUUACACAUCCUAUAAAAGGUAAGCAUGUAUCAAUACAACCUAGGAACAGAAUGAUAUACCAUUUCUCAGCUCAUUACAGUCAUUUCAUAAGCAUUGAAAAUUCUUAUUUUUAAUUAAAAAUCAAAAAACUAUAUAAUAACUUUUUAGCUCUUUUUGAAAUUCGGUUUCUCUUUUGUUUCAUACGUACCUUCCGUACAUGCUGCUUCCUCUACCAACUUCUUACUCCACAAAGUCAAAAUGGCACCAAAAGCAACGAACGCUUCUUCUCUAGAUGCUUUCUUUUCCUCAUACAACAAAAACACUAACUCCUCAUUAAAAACCAUUGAUUCUUUCUUGGGUUUUCUUGUUGUCCUCGGCGGAUUGCAAUUCCUCUAUGCUAUUCUCGUAGGAACGUACCCUUUCAAUUCUUUUCUUUCUGGAUUUAUCAGUUGUGUAGGUCAAUUUGUUAUCACCGUAGGUUUUCGUAUGAGUUUGACCUCUCAAGAUGAAAACGGUGUAAAGUCCAAAUGGUCUCCUUUCUCCUCUAAUAAACGUGCUUUCUUGGAAUUUUGCUUCUCGAGUAUAGUCCUUCAUUUCUUUGCUGUCAAUUUCCUUGGUUAAAAUCAACAAGCGUAAUAUAACUUUCUUAAAUGAAAGGUUUGACGUCCAACGAAUUUGUUUGCUAUGGUUAUCGGAUGCGUACACUACUAUCUCUGUAAAAAGACAAAUUUAAUGUAAUGAAAUACUUUCUAUUAUCAUCUCAUGAACUAGAACUGUCAAAAAAAGUUUUUAUGAAUAAAAAGAGCGAAUGAGUUUUAGAAAAGAACGACUCAUAGGUAUAAACAAAAAAGAACCCUAAAAAGGGAAUUAUAGGUGCUUAAUAACGGAUUCAUGGAAUUAUGAAUCCUCCAAUUUGAUGUAAUUUGCGUAAUCACUAAUCGCUAAUGAUUGUGGUUUCAAAAAACUGAAGACUGUCUCAUAUAAAGAGGCCACGGACAUGAUAAAAAACAUUACACCCAUGCUGAGACACAAGCUGAUGAUUACGAUAUGGCGAGUACUUCGUACACCUUUGUUUGAUUCCAGAGGAUGCCCUUUUCGAAUGGCCCGUGAUGGUGAAUUUUGUACAACAACGUCAUGGACGCAUCCUACAUUACCGUUAUGAUCGACAGCUGUCAACAAUGGAGACCAAGUAUUGUUGACCAAGUAAGCAGAAGAAACCUUUGUUUGGUCCUUUAAAGUGACCAGCCCUGACGCAACAAUAACAGGUCCAUUCACAGGGAUGUCAGGAAAUAUAUUUGCAUUGAGUAUAUUCAAAGACUUUAUAUCGGAUUGGCCUAAUAAAAGUCCUUCCGAUAUAUCUUUUCUUCCAGUUCCGUCUAGACGUAUUAAGUAAGAAUCGAUGGAUUGAUUAUUGUAUCCAUAAAGAAGAAAUGAAGACGUAUUGAGAGAUUUAUUACUCGAUAAUGUAGCCGCGCAUUGUAC